AGUUCAGCAAACCCAAAGACUCAUCAGAGAGAAACAAGAGUGAAAGCUUCUGUUUGUGUGUGUGUGAGAGAGAAAGAGAUAUUGGCUUUGGGGCUAGUGAGGGUUUCAACGGAGGAGACAUGCCCAAGCUCAACCCAGCAGCACUAUUUCUUGCUUCUUCAUUCCACCACUAACCAGAUCCCAAAGAACUUGAUUGGAGGUUUCAAGAAUCAAAGGCUGUAACACUGUAUUCUUUGUACCCAACACAUGAUCUUUGUAAUGGUUAGUGGAAAGCUCAAUGAAGCCAUUUCUGUCAUUGAAUCAUACUGAUACUGACGUCAAUUGUUCACACCUUGAUUCUAGUCACUCAAUGGCUCGUGUUCCUUAUCCGUAUGGUGAUCCUUUUUAUGGUGGCUCUUUAGUAUCGUAUGGAUCACAGGCUAUUAAUCAACCCCAAAUUGUUCCCCAACUGCUGGGGCUCACAUCUACUAGAGUUGCAUUGCCACUUGAUCUUGCAGAAGAUGGGCCCAUUUAUGUCAAUGCAAAACAAUACCAUGGAAUACUGAGAAGGCGACAGUCACGUGCAAAGCUGGAGGCUCAAAACAAACUUGUCAAAAGCCGUAAGCCAUAUCUUCACGAGUCUCGGCAUCGCCAUGCUCUGAACAGGGUUAGGGGAUCUGGAGGACGCUUCCUCAGCACCAGACAGCUUCAACAGUCCAAUGUACAAGUUGUGACUAGUGCCAAUUCUGGUUCAGACUCUGUCAACUUGUAUCAAAAGAAAGACAUAUCAGAGGUGGAGAUUCGUCCCUUAAGAACCGGCACUGGUGAAAAUGCAUCUUCUAUCUCGACCUGCUCUGACAUGACAAGUGGGUCCAGUAACAAUGUGAAUUUUAGGCAACCAGAGUGCAAAUUCUUGGGGAACUCUACAAACAUGGGCAGUGCAUCACAGUUUAGCGGUGGACUCACCUUUGGUGGGACCCAGCAACGUGCACCAAUCGUCCGGUGAGAGUUGAUUAAUGAACAAUAUCUACUCUCCACGGGGCAGGCAAAUCAUCCUUGGCUUCAUCACUUUUACUACUACUUUUGUUUUAAGUUGUCACAGGAAUGGUGUUUUAUGAUCCUAGACUCUGCUAAAAAACACUCAAGAACUUUAGCAUCACUGCUUUGUUGUGUAUCUUAAAAUUGCUGUUACUUACACGAGACUGCUUUAACAAAGUUUGUGUUUGGAACUCUUGCAAGCUUGUAACCUACCACCUGUGGUUCCAUGAAAUAUCCCUACUUUUGUGUUUGAUGUUAAA